CCCCCCCACCCCUAGUCUGUGCAGCAUAUCCCAGAGGGAGGGGAGGAGGGGGGUUAGGGUUUGCACCAGAGGAAGGGGUGUGUCAUUAUAAGGAGCCAGGAGGGGCCUCGACUACAUCAGUCGCCCAAACGCAGAGGAGAGAGAGUAUAGCCACCACUGCCACAAGAGAAGUCAAGGGGGACAGAACACAACAUACAAGGCGUACAGAACACACAGGGAGUGCUUAUCCCAGCUGCAGUCAUAGGAACUUCUUCAGAGGAGACUUUCCAAUCGGUCCAUCUCAGACACCACAGGAAAACGUACCUCCACCUGCUUGCGUGUGGUGACGUCAGUCUGACAUUUCUCCCUCAACCUUUGUGUGUGUAGACAUCCCAUCCUGCCACGCCAUUGGUUCCUGUGAGCCAUGAAGACCCCACUCUGGACCCUGUUGCUGUUGAGCCUGAGCGCCCCAGUCCGGGCUGACUGCCAGAGGGACUGCAUCUUGUGUGGAGUCCUGCUGCCCAAACACCAGGCCUUCAACACGCUGGUGUGUUUGCUGGAAUGCGAGGCCCAGAUGUCACCUGCACUGACCUGGGAUCUGUGUCAUGUCACCGUGAACCAGAUGCCUUCUCCUCACCAGCUACAAGAAAUAGCCGUGGCCAAGAGAGACGACUACGGUGACCCUACAAGCCUAGAGGAGAUUGAGGAAGAUGAGGUCAGUCAGGAGGAAGGUCAACGGCAACAGCAGCAGCCGGCCAUGGAGACUGGGGCUUCGGAGUGGUUCCGAUCUGCGCUCGAGGCCGAGCAGGUUAGGGAUACUCGGUUGGACGAGGAGGAUGAGGAGCAAGAUCGGGACGGUGAAGAGUCGCUGGAACAGCAGGGAGAGGCGGGAUCAGACCUGGAGACAGCCAGCCUCCACUUGGCGAAGCGCUUCGGCGGGUUCAUGAAGGGUCGCCACAACUACCGGAAGCUGAUGGGCCGAGCCUUGCCGAGCUCGGAGACGGAGAGCCGGCCGCUGCAGAAGAGGUACGGCGGGUUCAUCGGCAUCCGCAAGUCAGCACGCAAGUGGAACAGCCAGAAGCGUGUCAGCCAGCUGCUGCGCCAGUACCUGAGCCUCACAGGUCGCACCGGCCGAUUCAACAACCUCUCUGCUCCCGGCCUGCGCCGGCCAACCAACCUGUAGGCCUCCCCACCUCUGAGUUCCUGUCCAGCAACCUUAACAUGACCCUUCCCACUCGCCGUACCUCAGUUCCAUGCUGUUCUGGCAGCAGCCAUGUUAACUGUGAUCACCAUUUCUCCCCAAAUAGCGCAAACAAACAUAAACACAACGGAAAAAAAAGCCUGACCAUUAUAAUGUUAAAAAUAACCAAGGAAGGUUCUCGUUUGAUUUCUA